GCCUUUCACAGGACACCAAUGAUUUGUUUUUGUUUCAGAUACGUGUGGUCCAAAUUCACAUCUCGUGCGAUGUAAAUCAUGUUGCCCACCCCCAACUUGCAUGAACAGAGUGGUAAGAUGUGACGGUUGCUCAGAUCAAGAAUGUAAACCAGGAUGUGUCUGUAAUCCAGGAUUUAUACUGGAUCCUGAAGAAGGACGACGGUGUAUACCCAUUAGUCAAUGUCCUAAAAUAGACCUCACUUCAUUUAAAAGAGAUAGAGAUAACUGUAUGGUAAAUUCACAUCCCUUGCAAUGUAGGUCUUGUUGCGCUCCCCCAACUUGUGUUACUAAAGUAAUACCCAAUUGCCAAAUUUGUCCAGCAAUUUGUGUACCAGGAUGUAGUUGUCAUCCAGGAUUUAUAUUGGAUAAGCCUAAAGGACGUUGCAUACGCAUUGAUCAAUGCCCUCAAAAUUAG